CUUAAUUUCGAUAUAAAUAAUAUAAAUUCUCGAAAUAAUUAAAAUAACUUAAUAAUCACUUUAAUUUUCUAGAAUAAAUUAAAGUGAGAGUGGUCACGUGAUCGCCACUUUGAUACAUUUUGAUACAUUGUAUCAGUUGGUUUGUUACAAUUUUUUCUUUAUUCGUUUUAGGCGCGCGCGCGCGCGCGUUAAAUUUUAUCAUGGAUACGGAUAAUUUAGGAUAUUCCGAAAUAAGAAACCUUCUAGAUAAAUGGAAUCUUGUUAAAUUAUCGGGGAUGGAAGUGGAUAAAGUUGUUACGGAAAUAACCGAUUGUCUUUUCGGCGGAGAAAAAUGGCGGCAAUUAGAAAGUUUUUUGCGAGAAGUCGAUUGCUCUUAUCCCGGAAUAUUCGAGGAAUUAUAUAAUAAAAAUGAAAGAUUUUUACUCCAGGUCAUAGCUCUUCGUCGACAUUUUAAGGAUUACGAAGAAGUUUAUCGUUUAAUUCGGAAUGGAAAAUUCACCGAUAUGAAUGCUAUGUUAGACUUGUGGGAUGAAGUUCACUACGAAGAAAUCUCAAAUGGAGAUAUUAAAAAGCUGUCGCCUGUGAAAAAAUUUCGCAUUCGUCAGAAGAAUCCUCCACCUCUGAGUAUCUGUCCAUCAGGAAUUCGUCCAACUUGUACUUUUUCUCGUAAUGUUAAAAAAAUUCUGAAAGAGUGGUUAGAACAAAGGCGUUCUUAUCCGUACCCUAGUAAAACCGAAAAAACCUGGCUGUGCUCUCAAACCGGACUCACCAUGAAACAACUUGAGACUUGGUUUGCUAACAAUAGAAGACGAAAUCUGAUGGGAAAAAAGAAAGUUGGAAGACCUUCUAAAGCUAAGUCUAAAGGAGAUAUUGAAAUUAAAGAGUGUGUUGCUGUGGAAGGUAUGUUAGCUUUAAGUGAAACAUUAAAUGAAACAAUACCGACAGAUUUGGAAGUCGGCAAAGUAACCGAACAAAAUGUAAAAAUCGAGACAAAAGAAUAUUGCAUGUCAUCAACCACAUAUUUUAAUUGCAUGUAUCAUCCUCAUAUCAAUACCUUUCUGGAACCCGAUUCCCUUCAAUCUUCUCGUAUGAUGAGCCUUGUAUCAGAAGUUGGUUUCUUUGCUCCAAAUUACAAUUUUUUGUAUGACGACUGGGCAACGAAUGUCUUGUACUCUACUCUUAACGAUGGUUUAAUUUAUGCUAAUCAGAACAAACCUAUAAACCAGAAAUUUAUCCCUGAUAACGGUAGAGACCAACUAUUGGAAAAUUCAGUCUGUUAAAUUCUCUUUCCUGCGUUCAGAGUUGAAGGAAUACAACGUUUAAGAUAGAAAAUCGGAUGCAGUGAUUACUAUUUUGAAUCAACUAUUUCAAUAGAAAAAUCUUCAAAUGCUAUUAAUUUUUUCAUGAGUUUUUUUCGAUUUUUGUAUGAAUUUAAUUUUUAACUUGCAC